AUGUUCGGGAAAACAGACAAAAUGGACGUCCGGUGCCACUCGGACACCGAGGCCGCCAGGGUAUCGAAGAACGCGCACAAGGAGAGCCGAGAGAUCAAGGGCGCCGAGGGGAGCCUUCCCGCUGCCUUCCUCAAGGAGCCGCAGGGCGCCUUUUCGGCGUCUGGCGCUUCCGAAGAUUGUAACAAAAGUAAAUCCAAUUCCUCAGCAGACCCAGAUUACUGCCGCCGGAUCCUAGUCCGAGAUGCCAAGGGGUCUAUCCGAGAAAUCAUCCUGCCCAAGGGCUUGGACCUGGACCGGCCCAAGAGGACACGCACAUCCUUCACCGCGGAGCAGCUCUACAGACUGGAGAUGGAGUUCCAGCGUUGCCAAUAUGUAGUGGGCCGCGAGAGAACCGAGCUGGCUCGGCAGCUCAAUCUUUCUGAAACCCAGGUGAAGGUCUGGUUCCAGAAUCGGCGGACCAAGCAGAAGAAGGACCAGGGUAAAGACUCGGAGCUGCGCUCGGUGGUGUCGGAGACCGCCGCCACGUGCAGCGUGCUGCGGCUGUUGGAGCAAGGCCGCCUGUUGUCGCCUCCGGGGCUGCCCGCCUUGCUGCCGCCCUGUGCUACAGGAGCUCUGGGCUCCGCGUUGCGUGGGCCCAGCCUCCCGGCCCUGGGUGCAGGCGCUGCUGCGGGCUCCGCCGCUGCGGCCGCCGCCGCCGCCGCCACUGCCCCGGGUCCGGCGGGCGCGGCGUCCCAGCAUCCGCCAGCCGUGGGCGGCGCUCCGGGCCCCGGGCCUGCAGGGCCGGGGGGACUGCACGCGGGAGCACCGACAGCCAGCCACGGUCUCUUCAGCCUGCCGGUGCCGUCGCUGCUAGGCUCUGUCGCCAGCCGCCUGUCCUCCGCCCCGUUGACGAUGGCUGGUUCGCUAGCCGGGAAUUUGCAAGAACUCUCAGCCCGUUACCUGAGCUCCUCGGCCUUCGAGCCUUACUCCCGGACCAACAAUAAAGAAGGGGCCGAGAAAAAAGCGCUGGACUGAUUUUAAGUGUUACCCUGUAUUUAUAUUUAUAACAUCUCUUGUGGUGGUAUUUAUGGACUCGCGCGCGUUAGGCGCCCAGUGCUCUUGCACUGGCCUUCCUGGCCCCCACCAAGCCUCUGACUGCCCCCCUGACCCCCACCCCACCCCGGCACAGACUAUUGGUUUCAACUCACUCGGGCUGUUUUGUUCUCUCUACUUUUCCUCCCUUCCUCCAACCCCGGCUUCUUUCUGAAUCCAGGAAUGAUCCAAAGAAUUGGGGAGAAAUACCCGAAUUAGCCAACCCCCACCCUGCUAGCCAGGGAAGGAACAGACUGAGCCUAAGUCCAGGCCCCGACACCUGCUCUGGAUAGGGGCGCUGCACAGUGCUCCUAUGAAUAUUCGAAAGAGGAACUAUGUUCGCAGGGCGCCAGGGACUGAAAAGGCUUCUUGGGUUUUUUUUAGACCCCAAAAGAAGGGCCCAUCCCCUAUUGUCAGAGAAAUCAGGGCUUUGGGAGAGUUCCUGGUCCCGAUUUUUAGACCUCUCAGGAUAAUUGGUGCAUACUCAGCUCCUGUCCAGAACAGAGCUGAUGAGUUUUAUUUCUUUUAGGAAAACUAUCACAGGCGCCCCGACCCUGAGAAACGAUCCAGCAGACGUCCUGUUAGACAAAGGUGGUGAUAAAUUUGAUCCAGCAGCAAUAAAGCAAAAGUCAUUGCUACAUAAAACCGGAUGAAGUGUUACCUGUUUUUAAACACUCAAACAGUUGAGUUUGAAAGAUGUACGAAAUUCGGACUAGAGAACGCACCAUGGAACGUGCGAAAUUAAAAUCCUGAGCGCUGUGACUUUAGAUAGGAAUUUAAAGAGGAAACGGAAGGAAAAGCCAAUGACAGAAGCUUGAGAAUCUUCUUUUCAGGGCGGUGGCCCACGGCUUCCUGCUCCUCCCAGGAGAGUGCGCGGUGGCUAGUGUCAGUCUCCUGUCCUGGGAAUUCUUUUUAGAGGCUCCCAGAAGCAAAGCUACAGAAUAGCGGGGGUUGGAACUAAAUCAACACCCAUUAUAUUUGCUUCAUCUUCUAAACUCCGAUAUCUACAAAGGCUUUUCACCAAGCAGGAAGGGCCGGGACUUUUUGAUCAGCUGCUUUCUGAAGGACAGGUUGGGUGCCCGGCUUGGCCUUCACCGUUCCUAGUUUCUUGGUGC